AUGAGAUUCUUCAACAUCAUCGCGGCGCUCACCGUCUCAAUUGCAUCUGUUGCUGCCUACCAAACAACUGGUAAAGAAACCGUUGACAUUUUGGUCGACUACACCAUCAAAGAAACUCCGCAAUUGACAAAAAAUGACGUGGCCAGUUGGACCAAUGGUGAAGCAAUAACUCUCGAAUACACCAUCAACAACAAUGAAGAAUCAGAUGUUACUGUAAUUGGAGUUACUGGUCAAUUGUUAAACCCGGUCACUAGACAAGUGGUUACCAAUUUAACUCAGGGAAGAAUUGGUCCUGUUGCUGUUCCACCUGGUGAAUCGGCCAAAUUUGAACAAACAAUCAAUAUCAAUUUAGUUCCAAAUAACUAUGAAUUGGUUCCACAAAUCUUUAUUGUGCAAGGCGACCUCGUUAAAGUCAUUCCAUGUCGUAGUCAAUUGGCUUCUGUUCUUGAUAGAGCCAUUUCAUUUUUUGACCCAAGAUUGAUCUUUUUGGAACUUGUCUUGUUGGCAUCUUUUGGUGGAUUGAUUUAUUUGGCGUAUCAAAUUUGGGGUAAAAACUAUGUCAAAGGAACUGCACCAGUCAAAGUUAAAAGUGUCAAGUCUCCAUCUCCUGUUGUUUCAUCUUCUGCUGGUUCAUCUACUGGUGCUGGAUAUGAUGUCAAUUGGAUUCCAGAAGGUCACUUGAAGCAAAAGAGGACCAAGAAGGUGGCAUAA